UGUUCAGACCUGGGUUUGGCAUUUUUGUAUUAUUAUUUACUAUUAUUAUUGUUACUAUUAUUAUUAUUAUUACCAAUUGUUAUUAUAUUAUUGCAGCCUAAAGGCUCUGAUUUUAAGUUCUAACUUUCAAAGUAGCAAGUUACACAUUUGCAUCUUUUUAAGGGUUUUUAUUCCAUUGCUGGGAUUUCAGCUGCACUUAAAGAAGACUCGAGCUUCCGCCCCUAAGAAAGAUGGCGCUGGGAACCUUCCCGCCAGGCCUCCCGCGAUAGGCCACAAGCCUGAUGACGUCACACUAACUGAGCCUGGAGGUAAAGGCGCCGCCGCAGAGCUCGGCAUUUUUUUUUUUUAAGACUUUGCGGCCGGCCUCGGAAGUGGCCCUUCGGGAAGGGAGGGGAACAGGCAAGGCGGAGAGGCCAUGAUGCGUCCUCAGCCCCUCGGACAACUCCUCCGCUGGGCUUUGGGUCACCGCAGCGACGAGUUACAAACCGCUCAAAAACGGAUGAUGGUGGCUGGCCUGGGCAACCACAUGUUCCCUGGCACGCGGCACAGCGUGGGUAUGGCGGUGCUGAAUCAUUUGGCCUCCAAGCUGGACGUGGCUGACCAGUGGAAGAGAGACAAGCAGUGCUGCGCGGACGUGGCGGUGGCCCGUCUAGGAGAGGCUGAGCUUCUGCUGAUGAAACCCCGCAAGUUCAUGAACCUCAAUGGGAUCUCGUUGGUCACAGCUGCGGAAAGGUACAACUUGAGCGUUGACGAUAUCUAUCUGGUCCACGAUGAUCUGGAGAAGCCUCUGGGGAAGGUCUCCUUCAAACUAGGUGGCAGUGCGAGAGGUCACAAUGGGGUCCGUUCCUGCAUCAGCUGCCUGCACUCCGACCGCAUGGUCCGGCUCAGGAUCGGCAUCGGCCGUCCGACAGGAAAAGCAUCCAUAGAAGAUUACGUCCUAAGCCGGUUCACCGACGCGGAGCAAGAGGUGUUGCCACCCGUUUUUGAGCGGGCCACCACGAUGCUGCUGCAGCACAUUCAACAGAAUUGCAGCCGGAGGGAGUCCCAGGGUCCCUGCGAUGGACUCGUGAGCCCCCCUCCCAAGACAGAUGGCCGGGGGCCCUCUUGAACCCACCUCUAAGACCAGCCAGUGAAAGCAGCCGACUGACGUGUGUGUCUUUUGAUGGAGCUGAGUUGUGUGAAUUGAGCUCUGGGCUCGCUCGCUGGUUGCGGCAAACCUUACUCCAAGAAAUGAGGGUUAGGAUCCGGAUAAUCCAAACAACACACUGCAGUGAACAGGAGGGGGGAAUCUUACGAAAACAAAAGGGGGAGGGUCGAGGAUUAGGUAACACACACACACACACGUUGUGAUCCUUCGUUCGUUGGUGCACUCGGAAUUACAGUUUUAGGAGAAACGGAAAGUCAUGUUUCUAGUUCUUAUGAAAUCCCCUGUUGGAAGUUUUGUGGGUGGAGGGGGCCUUUCCUGGUGAGGAAAAAAAAAUAAAUGUAAUUUUGCAGUUCUUGCUGCCCUCCAAUUGGAAGCGGGGGUUGAAACGAACGAUUCGUGCAACGGCGGAAGGAAUGGCCACGGAUAGUCCUCGACUUAAGGGCCGUAAGGGAGCCUCGCCCGGUCAGUAAGCAAGUAAGCCCGCGUGAUCGCCCUGCCGCUGUCCUGGAUCUCUGGAUUGAAUAGCCGAGACUCCAACCGCACGGGGGUAAGGUUCGGACACCCAUCAUUUGGAAAAGGUCGCUGAACGAACGGUCUUAAGUCGAGGAGUCCAUUCUUCCCCGUCCCAGGAGUGGCGAACCGCUUCCCCUCCCCACUCGCCCCUCUUUCAAAAAGAAAGACUUUGGGGCUCUGAGAUUCAAAGGGUAUCGUCCAGUUUAAUAUGGCUUCGAGACAACAGCAACAGCAAAAUGCAGCAGCAUGGCCGG